CAAGUGAGCACCGCAGACUAAUGAGUAGGAUCAAUAAGAACGUGAUUUUGGCGCUUUUAACUUUGACAAGUUCUGCAUUUCUGCUGUUUCAGUUGUACUACUACAAGCACUAUUUAUCAGCAAAGAAUGGAGCUGGUUUAUCAAAAUCCAAAGGAAGCCGAAUUGGAUUUGAUGGCACACAGUGGCGCACAGUUAAAAAAUUUAUUAUGCUAACAUCCAGUCAAAAUGUACCUGUGUUCCUUAUUGAUCCUUUGAUUCUGGAAUUGAUUAAUAAAAACUUUGAACAAGUCAAGAAUGCUUCUCAUGGCUCCGCUUCAGAAUGCAAGUUUUUCUGUGUUCCAAGAGACUUUACUGCAUUUGCACUACAGUAUCACCUAUGGAAGAAUGAGGAAAGCUGGUUUCGGAUAGCUGAAAAUACGGGAUUUCAGUGCCUAAAGUUCGAGAGCAAGGACCCCCGGCUAGAUGGGAUAGACUCACUUUCUGGAACUGAAAUCCCCUUGCACUACAUCUGCACAUUGGCCAGUCAUGCUGUCCACUUGGUGGUCUUCCAUGAAAGGAGCGGCAAUUACCUUUGGCAUGGCCAUCUACGGCUCAAAGGACACAUUGACAGGAAGUUUGUUCCUUUUCGCAAGUUAAAGUUUGGUCGUUAUCCUGGAGCUUUUGACAGGCCAGAGUUACAACAAGUUACUAUUGAUGGAUUAGAAGUUCUCAUUCCAAAAGAUCCAAUGCACUUUCUAGAAGAAAUACCACACUCUAGAUUUAUUGAGUGUAGGUAUAAAGAAGCUCGAGCAUUCUUUCAGCAAUACCUUGAUGAUAACACUGUGGAAGCUAUGGCCUUUCGGAAGAGUGCAAAGGAAUUGUUGCAACUAGCAGCCAAAACAUUAAAGAAAUUGGGAGUACGGUUCUGGCUGAGCAGUGGAACUUGUCUAGGAUGGUAUCGGCAGUGCGGCAUAAUUCCUUAUAGUAAAGAUGUUGACCUAGGAAUUUUUAUACAAGAUUACAAAUCUGAUAUUAUUUCAGCAUUUCAAGAUGCAGGACUCCCACUCAAACACAAAUUUGGGAAGGUAGAAGACAGCUUGGAACUAUCUUUCCAGGGAAAAGAUGAUGUAAAACUUGACAUUUUUUUCUUCUAUGAAGAGACUGACUAUAUGUGGAAUGGAGGCACUCAGGCCAAAACAGGAAAAAAAUUUAAAUACCUGUUUCCCAAGUUUACACUGUGCUGGACCGAGUUUGUAGACAUGAAGGUUCGUGUGCCCUGUGAAACCAUCGAGUACAUCGAAGCCAACUAUGGUAAGACCUGGAAGGUUCCUGUGAGGACAUGGGACUGGAAACGCUCUCCCCACAAUGUACAGCCCAAUGGAGUCUGGCCCAUUUCUGAGUGGGAUGAGGUUAUCCAGCUGUACUGACACAGUAGGUUGAAAUGGUGGAAUUCCCCUCCUGCACAAAAGGGAGAUGACUGUUUAAAAAGAUACGUGUCUAGUUGUCAAACAUAAGUAGGAGCCAAA